CAGACUCCUUCAGUGGCAGACGAGCAUUGGACCUGAUGAGAGCGGACACGCUUGGACGAAACACAAGGGGAGCGUUUAAAAACUCCUGUCGAGGGGUGUACGAGCAAGGAAUCGUUGUCGAAAGCAGGAAAAUAAGGAGCGAGUACUUUUUGGACACUUGUAUGCAGUGACGGACGAUUUACUUUUUGCCUUUCUUGAUGCGCGUGCGUUUGUUUGAGGAUUGCAAAUGAUUUGGACGUUGGGACGCAUAGGAUCGGACGUGUUGUAGGACUGAAUAAAUCUCUAGUGGGUCUUUGGAUAAAGCAACCAUGCAGGGAGCCAGGACUUUGGUACUGGGGACCCUUCUGGCCUCUGUGUUCUCAGCUGUCUCGGUCCACGGCAACCUUUUGUCUUCACUGCCACCCGCCUCUGUUCCACGAGUCUUCCUGUCUUUCAAAGAAUUGAAGUCAACUGGAACCUCCCAUCACUUUGCGUUCCUGCUCAACUCGACAGACUACAGAAUCCUUCGCAUGGACGAGGAUCAUGAUCGCAUGUAUGUGGGGAGCAAAGACUACAUUUUGUCUCUAGACCUGAACGACAUCAACAAAGAGCCCCUCAUAAUUCACUGGCCCGUCGUUCCUCAGAGAAGAACCGAGUGUGUCCUCUCAGGAAAGGACAUUAAUGGUGAAUGCGGGAAUUUCAUCCGUCUCAUCGAACCGUGGAACAGAACACACCUGUACGUGUGUGGAACGGGAGCUUACAACCCCAUCUGUACCUACGUGGACCGAGGGCAAAGGUCACAGGCCAUGCUCGAAGAUCAGCUGCCUCUUGCGGGAGGCCGAACCAGUCGAGCAGCAGACCCUAGCGCUUCACCAGAGCCAUUCGCACCCAAGGAAUACAUUUUCCGUCUGGAACCUGGUAAAGUCGAUUCUGGGAAAGGAAAAUGCCCCUACGACCCUAAACUAAACAGCGUCUCGUCUUUGAUAAAUGGCCAGCUGUACGCCGGAGUCUACAUCGAUUUUAUGGGAACAGACUCUGCCAUAUUUCGCACGUUGGGCAAACACACUGCCAUGAGGACUGACCAGUACAACUCCCGCUGGCUUCAUGAUCCAACGUUCGUCCAUGCCCAGCUCAUUCCUGACAGCGCAGAGAAAAACGAUGACAAGCUGUAUUUCUUCUUCCGUGAGAAAGCGUCAGAGAUGGGUCAGACUCCCAUGGCCCAGUCCCGGAUCGGUAGAAUCUGUCUGAACGAUGAUGGAGGACACUGCUGUCUGGUGAAUAAGUGGAGCACCUUCUUGAAGGCUCGGCUCAUCUGCUCCGUGACGGGCUCAGAUGGAAUCGAGACACAUUUCGAUGAGCUUCGUGACGUGUACAUCCAGAAGACCCAUGACACCAAGAAUCCCACCAUCUACGGCGUCUUCUCCGUGUCUGGGUCUGUAUUUAAGGGUUCAGCAGUAUGUGUGUAUUCAAUGGGUGAUGUGCGUAUGGUCUUCAAUGGCCCUUUUGCUCAUAAAGAAGGACCUAACUACCAAUGGGUGGCAUACCAGGGUAAAAUUCCUUACCCCCGACCUGGAACAUGUCCAGGAGGGACAUUCACACCCAACAUGAAAUCUACUAAGGAUUACCCAGAUGAGGUUAUCAACUUCAUGCGCAACCAUCCCACUAUGUUCAACUCCGUUUACCCAGUCCACAAGCGCCCCCUGGUGGUCCGCACCAACGUGGAUUAUGAGUUUACCACCAUCACUGUAGACCAAGUGGCUGCAGCAGACGGAAACUAUGAAGUUCUGUUCUUGGGAACAGAUCGAGGUACAGUUCAGAAGGUUAUUGUUUUACCCAGAGAUGAUCUUCAGACUGAAGAGCUGGUGCUGGAGGAGGUGGAGGUCUUUAGAGUUCCUACUUCAAUAACUACGAUGAAAAUUUCACCAAAAAGACAACAGCUUUAUGUGAGUUCGGCGGUGGGCGUUACACAUCUGGCCCUGCACAGGUGUGAUGUGUAUGGAGAGGCCUGUGCUGACUGCUGCUUGGCCAGAGACCCUUACUGUGCCUGGGAUGGCAAGUCCUGUUCUCGCUACUCCGCAAACCAAAAAAGGCGGAGUCGAAGACAAGAUGUAAAGUAUGGAAAUCCCAUCAGACAAUGCAGAGGCUACAAUUCCAAUGCCAAUAAGAACACAUUGGAGACGGUGCAGUAUGGAGUCGAAGCGAGCACAGCCUUCCUGGAGUGCCAGGCCAGAUCUCCUCAUGUGUCAAUCAAAUGGCAUUUUCAGAAAGAGAACAGUGACAGGAGAAGAGAGAUCCGAUCCGACGGACGUGUAGUUCGCACAGACCAGGGUCUCCUCCUGCGCUCUCUUCAGCUCUCUGACGGAGGAGUUUACCAAUGCACCUCCACAGAGAAAAACUUCAAACACAUGCUGGUCAGACUGCAGCUGGUGGUUCUCUCCGCCCGCACCGUCAACACCAUCCAGACGGAAACCACCGUCCCCGCCGUCCCGCCUCUCCAGUCCAGCGCCUGGACGCCCAGCGCUGAGCAGUACAAAGAUCUUCUGACCAUCUUGAGCCAGCCUGAGAUGGGUCUCAUCAAUCAGUACUGCCAGGACUAUUGGCAGAUGGGGGACGACCCCACGGCUCACACCCACAAGAAGAAAGACCUCAAGGAGGCAGCGAAGGACCUACGGAAGCCACGAAACAGGAGACACCACCAAGAGCAGGACAGCCUGGCUGAGACAUGAGAGAGUAAUCAUGACAAAAUGUCGCAAAAAUUUGGUUUCCGGCAUACAAGAAUGGAAGUUGACAUUGAGGUACUUUCGCAAAAGGAUUCAACCACAAAUGACUGAUGAGAAAACAAACAAAACAUUUCUGAGAAUAGACAGUAUUUAUUGUAGGCUGUAAAUACUUAGAUUCUGUGGAUAUCUUUGUAUGGAAAUGGAGCGAAAGAAAAAGAGGGAAAAAAACGUUUGUGUAUAGAUCCUGUGCAAAUAUUUUGUUAUCAUUGUACCCUUCCCUUCCGAUGUAUUUAUUACAAUGGGUCAUAACACGCCAUGUUUUCACGUCCUAAGCUUUGGUGUGUGUGUGUAUAUAUAUCACUAACCAGAUAGUUAGUGAGUAUCAACUCUGGACAUUUGAUGGACGGUUGGACUGCCAGUGAUGUUUUGAUACCAGAGCUAUGAUCGGACUGGAAGCUAUUUUGUGGACUCUUGUGUGAGCACAUGUUCACGUUCAACAGAUGUACGGAAACAUUUUGACAUACAUUUGUGCAUCCGAGUAUUACGUGACCUUGAAAAGGAAUGUCAUUGAAAGUUCUUUUAAUCUUCUUCUGAUCUUCCAUAUGUUGCUAUGCUAAUGUGUGUUAAAUAUAAGUCGUUUCUGUAUGUUCAGAUAUUCAGUUGGUUAGCGAAUACAGCUUCUUGUACAGUAUGUACAUCAACACUAUUUUCAUUUGUAAAAUAUGUACUAUUGCACGCACACAGUUUAAAAAAACAAGAACUGGGGUUCAAAACCUCUUCAUCUCUGCAAAUUGGAAUUUGGAGCAGCAUAUGAGAAAUAUUACAUACUGUAUGUAUCUCUCCAGAAUUGAGUUAAAAACACACUAGCAAGGACAUUCAUAGGUGAUCUGGGCCAUGCGUUAAAGAUCUUUAAUCUAUUCUAAAUGUUUGGAGGCUCAUUUGAGUUUGCAUGAAAUGUAUUUGUACUGUACAGAUAUGAAGUCUGGAUAUGUUGCUAUGUAGAUGUCUGUGGAUGGUCUGUGACAAUGAUUUGAGAGAGAUUGAUUUCUAUAGACAAAGGACUUGAGUGACUGAAGCACAAAUAUCUGUAUGAUCCUGUAAACGGACUGUGCGAACUGGCUGUUGUAAUUUUUCUUUCUUUCAUUUGUAAGACAUUUAUCCCUGUGGUUUGUCCAAUUGUUUUGUCUUUUUUAGGAUUCUAAUGUGAAAAAAGAUCCAGAUUAGAUGGUAUGAACAGUUAAUGUUAGAGUAAUGUAUUUUCUAUUUGUUUUCUUUUCCAUCAUUGUCGUUGACUAAUUAAAGUUAUAUAUUUUAUAACAAAUUUAAGUUGAAAAGUUAAGAUUGACCACAAAGUAAUU